ACAAUGGAAGGAAUUCACAUCUAUAUAUCUCUACCUUGAUAUCUAUUACAUUUCCCCUUCUCCCCUUUGUUAGUUAGGAACUUCGGAACCAAAAGGACUUGCUCUUGCUCUCGAAGUUCUCUUCCCCUUUCUCUCUAGAAACAAAAAACUAUUCUUUCUCAGUGCCAGCCAUGGGAACGCUUCUAAGCAAAAUUGGCAUAUCAAAUGUUAUUCUUGGAUUCUUUCUCUUUUUAUCAGGUCUUGGUUUUCCUGAAGAAGUGGAAUCACUCGGCAUUAAUUAUGGUCAAGUUGGCAAUAAUUUACCACCUCCUCAUGAAGUACUUAAUCUCUUACAAUCGUUCAAGCUAACAAAAGCCCGAAUUUACGACACAAAUCCUCAAGUUUUGACAGCAUUUGCCAAUUCCAAUAUUGAACUAAUUGUGACAGUAGAUAACCAGAUGCUCUCUACAUUGAUGGAUCCACAACAAGCCCUUCAGUGGGUAGGCACCCAUAUUAGACCCUAUUUUCCAGCCACGAAAAUUACCGGAAUCGCAGUUGGGAACGAGAUUUUAACCGGGGACGACGCAACACUUAUGACUUAUCUUGUACCAGCCAUGGUGAGCAUUAAUGCAGCCCUAGUAAAAUUAGGGUUAGAUCAAUAUAUUCAUGUUUCGACUCCCAAUUCUUUAGCAGUGCUUGAAGUAUCAUAUCCACCUUCAGAAGGAAGUUUUCGAAGCGAGAUCAGUGAAAUAAUGCCUCAGUUUCUGCAGUUUUUGGCAACUACAAAGGCACCUUUUUGGAUCAAUGCAUAUCCUUAUUUUGCUUAUAAAGAUGAUCCCAAUAGUGUUUCUUUAGAUUAUGUUCUUUUCAACCCUAAUUCAGGAAUGAUUGAUCCUAGCACGAAGUUACAUUAUGACAACAUGUUAUAUGCACAAGUAGAUGCUGUAAUAUUUGCCAUGGCUAAAAUGGGUUACGAAGGGAUCGAAGUGAUGGUAUCAGAAACGGGUUGGCCGUCAAAAGGUGAUCCGGAUGAAACCGGUGCAACUGCUGAGAAUGCAGCAAUAUAUAAUCGGAAUUUGUUGAGAAGGCAACUGGAAAAUGAAGGGACUCCAUUAAGGCCAAACAAGAGACUAGAAAUUUAUGUGUUUGCUUUGUUUAAUGAGGAUAUGAAGCCCGGUCCGACUUCGGAGAGGAAUUAUGGUCUACUCCAACCAGAUGGAACUAUGGCGUACAAUGUCGGCCUCUCUCCAUUGUCUUCUUCAUCAGGCUCAGCUUCUAUUUCGCUAACUUCGAAUGCCACCCAGGUACAAAGAGGUCACCAAAGUUUGCUGUUUCCAGCAUUUCUAUAUCUACUACUCUUCCAAGUUUUUAUGAGAAGACAGAGAUAGGCAAUAUUUUGGCACUUCAUAAAUGUCAUAUUGUUAGUGAUGUAACGCCGGCCAUUUUAUUAUACUCCCGGUAGAUGUUGAUACAUCGUAUUAGAUAGGAAUUUCCUUUUUUUUUAGUAUCGUCCAUUUGUAUUUGAUCUUCAUUUGUAUAAAAGAUAUAUUUUAUUCGAAAAUUAGUGUCCAUCUUUCCUUUUCCCUUUUGA